AUGGGCAGCUUUCACGUGGGGGCGCUACGGUGCUCAGGUAGGAGUACCGCUGCGGCUUUCCCCCAGCAGGAGCAGAGAAGCAGUGCUGCAGGCGCAGUGCCAGUUGCUGCUCAGCAGCAGCGAACUGUGCUGCAGGCGCAGCGCCGGCUGCUGCUGCUGAGCAGCAGCAAACCGCCAGGCAUAAGCAGCAAGGAGGGGCUGAGCAGCUGCCUGCAUGCUGCUGCUGCUGCCGCUGCUGCUGCUGCCGCUGCUGCUGCUGCCGCUGCUGCGGCUGCUGCAGCUGCUGCUGCUGCUGCCGCCGCUGCUGCGGCUGCUGCAGCUGCUCCUGCAGCUCCUGCUAAUGCUGCUCAGCUGGCGGCUGCUGUAGCUGUAUUGCAGCUGCCUGCUGCUGCUGCUGUCGCUGCUGCUCCUGCUGCUGCUGCUGUAUACUAUUCAUGGCGAGCUGUACAUUACACCGACAUUUACAACAAGUUGGUGGCUUCUUUCGCGCCUUCAAUUGUGGGGCGCGACGAUGUGAAGAAAGGCAUUUUGUGUCAGCUGGUGGGGGGCUCUCGUUUGCUGCCGCUGCAGCAGCAGCAGCAGCAGCAGCACACGCGGCAGCAGCGGAAGCAGAGGCCCUACAGAAGCGACCUCCACGUGCUGCUCUGCGGAGACCCAGCCACGGCGAAGUCGCAGCUGCUGCAAUACGUGCACCAGAUUGCGCCCAGGUGCGUGUACACGUCGGGGCGGGGCAGCAGCGCCGUGGGCCUCACUGUGGCUGUCACCCGAGACCCCGACACUCGCGAGUUUGUCUUGGAGAGUGGAGCUGUGGUUUUGGCGGAUGGCGGCGUUUGCUGCAUCGACGAGUUCGACAAGAUGGAAGAAACCGCCAGGGCAAUUCUGCACGAAGUAAUGGAGCAGCAAACUGUCACUGUGGCCAAGGCUGGGAUCGUCGCCUCCCUGAGGGCCCGCACUGCCAUUCUGGCCUCAGCAAAUCCCGUCAGCUCAAGAUACGACCGGCAGCGGGCAGUGGUGGAAAACAUAAACUUGCCUCCUUCUUUGUUUUCCAGAUUUGAUUUAAUUUAUUUGCUGCUGGACACGGCUUCUCCCGAGGCCGACAAGCAGCUUGCUGCGCGCCUCUGCAGGUCCUUCGCAGGCGCUCCCACAGAGGACAGUGUUGAGAGCAGCCCGCCCAUCAGCAAAAGCCUGCUGAGUUCUUACUUGGCCUUCUGCCGCUUCCGCUGCCAACCAACUUUAUCUUUGGAAGCAAAAGAGGCCCUCAAAGCAGAGUAUCUCAGAAUGCGCAAAAGAGACACCACCAGCAAACACCCGUCUGCUUCGAUCCGGCAGCUGGAGUCGCUGCUGCGGCUGUCGGAAGCAAUUGCGAAGCUGCGGCUGUCUCCCCAAGUUGCUGCAGCAGAUGCAGCAGAAGCAGUUCGCCUCAUCCACGUCGCCACUUUCCAGUCCCUCGUGGACCCCUUCUCAGGCCGGAUAGACUUCGACCAAAUCCAUGUGGGGCAAAGCCGGCAACAGCGGCUGCUGCAGCAGCGCUGCUGCGAGGCGCUGCAGCAAGUGCUGCUGGCAGCAGCAACCAGCGGCAACGCCUUCCUCACCAAAGAAGAGCUGCACAUAAAAGUUCAAGAGCUGCUGAAGCUGGGAGGCAGCAGCGCCGGAGUAGAUAUGGCGACUCUCAAUGCUGCGCUGCAGCAGCUUGAAGAAGACCAAGUCAUCUCACGGAAGCCAGGAGGCCUCUUCCACGCCACUCUUGUUGCUGCUUGA